AUGAGUAACGAGAAAUCUGGUAAUGCCGAUAUGGAAGCUACUUUAAUUAAAGCCAGAUUCGGUAAUGACGUACGAAAAGUUUCUCUUCAUCACAAUGAAGAUAUUUCUUACGAUGAUCUUUGUAUCAUGAUGCAGCGAAUAUUCAAGAUUGAGUCAUCGGCUAAUAUUACUCUAAAGUAUCGAGAUGAUGAUGACGAUUUGGUGACUAUUGCGGAUGACAACGACCUGCUUAUUGCUCUUCGAACGCAACACAACCUUUCAGUUGUUGUUCUCUCAGAACUUGCUGAUGCUACCACCAUUGAAAAGUUAGCUUCGGAACUCGAAUUAAUACGUCACACUACUGCCGCAGCGAUAGAAAGUUUAAAGAUGAUCAAAUCCUCUGGUAUAGAACCCCCUGUAUUUGGAGUUGGAGGGAGCGAAAGACCAGAUACUCCAGCACAUAAAGAGACUGUUGCUACUAUCCAGCCAUCUGUGCACGAGCAGGUUAGCAAUUCAGCUGCUGGUGUAACCCACCCGCCAGCUCCAUCAGUACAUUCCGAAAAACCUUCUGUAGAAGUUCCGGCAUCACAGCCAAAUGUUCUUAAAGGUUUUGAUCAUCAUCCACGAACUGGUAUUAUUGACCAAGUUUUACAACCACCAAAGGAACACCAGGCAUCUAAUGAGCCUACGACAGAAAUAGAUAUAUCUGAUAAGAAUCAGAGUGCUUUUGUUCCGGUUUCAAAGCAAGAGUUGAAUGAAUUAGACUCUCAUAAUGCACCAGGAAUGAUAAACGCUUCUGCACCAUCACUUCCGCAUCAGAUGCCUUCGGCUCCUGUCUCGGCAAUGCCAUUUUCAACAGGCUCUCAGCACUCUGGGCAACCAACGACUCUCCAGUCUAUCCCAUCUGUACCCACUCAAAAUGAGUCAUUCACACCAUCUCCGACACAGUUUGGUUUCCGCCCUCCAGCAGCGCAAACUCAGUCCUCAACAGCUACUGCAACCCCUCCGUUUCAGCAGUUUUCAAAUCAGUUCCAACCUGCAGUAAUGCAGGGCCCUAGAUUACCAUAUGCUUCUGUUACAACAGGCUCGGCUACACCAGUUUCGAUGGCUCCACCUAUAUCAGCAGCACCUGUUGGCUUACAGCACGCUUCAGCGGAGACUGUGCCGCACAGUAUGCCUCCUUUUGUGUCGCAAACAUCAUCGACACCAACAGCAUUCAGUACAGCUCAAAAUAUGACGCCACCACAGCAACUACAAUCUGGAGCCACACCAAGUUCAAGCCCUUUUAUGCAGUAUGUAAAGCCAGACAACAUGCCAAAUUACCACACUUCCGGUGAAUUUCAAGCGAUGCAGCAACAGGCUGCGGGGAAUAUGCCUCCAAGUUCCGUGCCGUACUCUACAUCUACGUCUUUACCUCCAUCGUCCCUUCCACCCUCGUCUAUCCCGCAAAUGUCUGUUGCAAAUGCCACUGCCCCGCCUUCAAUGGCUGCUCCGCCAGCUGGUCCGCCAACUAUGGUGCAGUUUGGUGUUCCUGGUAGUAAUCCGUUUACCAUGAGUGUUAAAGGCCCUCAUUACCCUCGUCCUUCAUUUAUGGGUCCCAGUUUCCAGCAGCAAUAA